AUGUUGCCCGGCGACGCACAACGGGGCAACCCAGGCUCGUCGUCUACUCCAGCACGCCCAAAGGCACUAGCUCAGGCUACUAGCUCAUUAAAAUCUACCCCAAACAGCCGCGGGGCUGCUACUAUCAGUGAAAACAUCGACCUCGUCGGUGUUCAGGUUGGGGACCUCUGGCCAUGGAUUAAGCGCGACAUCGAGCAGGCUAAGACGUGUGAAGCCGAUACGAUGCUGCAAGUUUUCCUGCAGCGCGCUUCUCUCGAUCCCGAGACUGAACAGCCCGCGCUCCUGCCAAGGUGUCUCGAGGCCGUUCUACAUGUUUGCAAUGGGACCGCACCGCCUAAAAUCCCCGAUGACAAAUUACUCUCUUCUUGCGUCAAAAAGGCUCUUGAGACAUAUGCAUCGUCAGAAGGCGAAAAAGACUACUACGACCCUUUCAUUCGAGCCACCAACAUCGCGCUAGCUUGUCUUGAUAUUAUCAAGGUCGACGGAAUGCCUGUUGCUUCAGGCCUGGACAUUAUCUGUCAGCAGCAUGCUGACAAGGGUGUGAAGCAAGGCAACCAGAAGCAGGAACCGAAACGAAAGCCCGACGUGGUCAUCGUUCCUUUGCAAACCUCACGCGAUGCCUUCCCGGGUUGGAACAUGGGAGAGCCCGAGCUCAUGACCAAGUUUGCAACGAUGAUGCCGGAAAACAAUAUCUCUUGGAAAGAUGUCCUAGCCUCGAUCGAGUUCAAGAGGAAGGCCAAGACAGGGAAAGAGCUUGAUCCUCCGCCCGGUUCAUACGCAGUGACAAACUAUGUCGCUCCCAAACCAGAACAUUUGGAAGCCCAUCGCAGACCCAACCAAAAAGACCUGUGCCCGACCGUCCAGCCGAGCGCCGUUCGGCCCGUAUCGCUGCCGAGCAACUCCAGUUCCAAGCGCAAGGCAGAAGAACCUCUGCAAUCCUCCAGCAAGCGGGUCAAGGUCAAGGGCACGGACACGGACAAGGAUUCCAAGCUACCUGUGACUGUCCAGACAGGACUCUACGCCGCGGAAAUGUUCGCUGCCAACGUUGGAGUCAAGCAUGUGCUGAAUCUUAUUGUCAUCGAUAACAUUGUCUGGGUCUGGUAUUACGAUCGGCAGGGCACGAUUCAAUGCUCGGGCAUCGACUUCAUUGCAGAUCUCCCACGAUUCAUGGUGCUGCUAAGGAUUGGGGUCGAAACGAGCACUUCAAAAAAUGCCCAGAAGGAAGGUUACCUCAAACUCGACAUCGACGGCGUGGAUCUUGAGCUGCACACCAGCUCCGAAGAACGAGUAACUCACUACGGACUGAAAGGACGAGCCACCAAUGUGUUCCCCGUCACCAGUGAAUUUCUCGCCAAGAAGUACGCAAACGACGCAGGGGUCAAGAAAGAUGGGAUGGUGGCGAAAAUCUUCUGGGCAGAGGAGCAAAGAGAUAGCGAACCGGAGAUCUUAAAAAAGGUUGCCGAGAUCGCAGAGAAGGAAGAGGCCGUGAAAGGCCAUGUUCCCCAGCUGCUUUGGUCUCACAAGUUCGAGAAUCCCACAUCCGCAGUCCGGAAGGCACUGGGAGUUCCAGAAGCGGAGAAGGGCAGUCGCGUGCUCUACAUCCUCGUAUUCCGCAAGCUCCUACCCAUCACGGCGCUCGAAGGCGAAGAGCUUUUCAACGUGUGGCGUCAAUGCAUCUUAUGCCACGUCGCUCUCUGGAAGGGAGGAGUCCAUCACCGAGACGUCAGCCCUCCCAACAUGAUGUUUUACAAGACCGACAAGGGCGUCCUGAUAGGUGUCUUAAACGACUUUGAUCUGUCAUCGUUGGCAACUAGGCAGGGUCCUCAGGGCAACGAGCGCACGGGCACGGUGCCGUUCAUGGCGCUCGAUCUUCUCACCCCAGAGGGUCAACGAGGCGAAGUCGAACACUUAUAUCGUCACGAUCUGGAGUCGUUCGUCUGGGUUCUCGUCUGGGUUUGCUUGCGUUACAGGCAGGGAGUCCUCUUACCCCCGCAGACUCGCCCUUUCGAUGCUUGGGCGACUGCAGGCCCCGCGGCAUGCGGCGAGAAGAAGUUAUGGUUUCAGAAUCAUUUCCUGCGCUACCGACCCUCAGAUAUAGAACCACGUAUGUGGGGUCUCGUUUCGGACUGUCUGGUGGUGUUGAAAAAAGAUGCCGAACGUCGAUUCGAUCUCAUUGUUGAACGGGAAUCGAUGGCGCGAGCACGCGAGGAGACAGACGCCGAAGAAUCAGCGUCAGAUAUUGAUGAUGAGCAGCCACACGCCGAGGAACCAGAAUUAGCUAUCGAUGACUUUCUACGCAAAUUUACAAGUACCAAGGGCUGGAUUCGCCUCAGCAAGCGUUUGCCGUGA